CACGGUGGCGGAUGGUUCGCGGAAGUACGUGCACGCGAGAAACUGAAUUUAUUUGAAGUGGUGUUCUAAAUCUCUAAACUUUGUUUUAAAUUUCGUAUAUUAUAUACCUUGAAUAACUUAGCUACAGAUCAAUUGUUAUCGUCGUUCCACUCGACACUGUGUUCUCGUACUCCACUGACAGAAAAAUACAGUAUAUCUGAACCAUGGCAGCUCUUAAACGAAUAGUCAACCUAUCUAAAUGUCUAAAAACGGUAACGACCACUUCUCGUCCUUGCUGUUUUCAAACGUCAAAGAAAACCUAUUUUACAUACGUGAAUGAACCUUCUAUGCCAAUACUGGAUAAACAACCUUGCUGGUUAAAAACUGCUGAUGAAGCCAUCGAGAAGGCAGAACUAGAUUCAGAUCAAGUGGUCUUCAUCCAGGGUGCAGCAGCGACACCUGUUGAAUUAUUAAGGGCGAUGACUGACUAUGGUGUUCGAUGCGAUGUUAGGAACGUACAGCUAUAUCACAUGCAUCUCGAAGGGGCUGCACCAUUCGCCAAACCAGAAAACGCAAAACAUUUCAGGUCCAUCAGCUUUUUCAUCGGUGGCAACGUCAGGUCGGCUGUUCAAGCAGGACACGCUGACUGCAUUCCAAUUUUCCUACAUGAGAUUCCACGAGUAUUUAACGAAGGAUACGUUAAACCAGACAUCAGUCUUAUCCAUGUUACUCCUCCUGACGAUAAAGGAUUCUGUUCCUUGGGUACAAGCGUGGAUUGCGUAAGGGCUGCUGCGAGCAAAUCGAAAUAUAUCAUAGCGUUAGUGAACAAGCAUAUGCCAAGAACGUUUGGCGAUGCCAUCAUUCAUGCCAGCCAUAUAGACUUUGCUGUGGAGCAUCACAAGCCGCUCCCGGUGCAUCCUGUAAAAGCCCCGUCAAAGGAGGAACAGCAAAUCGGUAAAUAUAUCGCCGAGAAUUUAGUAGUAAAUGGAGCUACUUUGCAAAUGGGUAUUGGAAGUAUACCAGAUGCGGUACUGUCGCUUUUGGGCAAUCACCAGAAUCUUGGAAUUCAUAGUGAGAUGUUUAGCGACGGUGUUGUAGAGCUUGUGAAGAAAGGAUGUAUAACAAAUAAUCGUAAAGUGAUGCACAAAGGCAGAAUCGUUGGUUCAUUCUGCGUCGGUUCUGAGAAAUUAUACGAUUUUAUGCACAAUAAUCCUUUUAUAGAAAUGUUGGCGGUAGACUACGUCAAUGAUCCAAAAAUAGUAGCCAAGCAACCGAAUAUGACGGCCAUUAAUUCGUGUAUAGAGGUCGAUAUCACUGGUCAAAUUUGCUCCGAUAGUAUUGGAACUAGAAUGUAUUCCGGUUUCGGGGGACAAUUAGAUUUCAUCAUGGGUGCAGCGCUCAGCGAUGACCGUCAAGGAAAGCCUAUCAUUGCAUUGCAAUCUGUUACCUCAAAGGGAGAAAGUAAAAUUCAGCCCGUCCUAAAAUUAGGUGCUGGAGUUGUUACAAACAGAGCUGUCGCUCGGUACGUCGUCACGGAACAUGGAAUUGCUAGUUUGUUCGGUAAAAGUCUUCAACAACGAGCAUACGAACUAAUUCAAAUCGCACAUCCCGAUCACAGAGAAGCAUUGGAAAAAUCAGCAUUUGAACGUUUGAAAGUGAUGCCAGCACCAUAAGCAUUUCACUGGCGAAAAUAUUCAAAUGAUUCUUUUUAAUAGCAUUUCAUGAUCGUUGUUGCUUUUGUAUGCACAAGCGCAUCUGUGCAUCGAGCACAACUACCAUAAACUCUCUUCAUUUCGUACAAUUUAUGCCUUCUUGCCGAGAGAACGAUGAACUUUAAGAAAAAAAAUAGCGAAAUAGCGAACUGCACCUUGAGCGAAUACGAGAAGGUUUUCAUUUUAAAGGAACAAACAUUCUUCUCCGAAUGAAAAUGAAAAUGAAAAUACUUUAAACAAGUAUUUAACGUUAAAAGUAUAAUUGAAAUGUGGUGGAUAAUAAUUGAAAUAACAGUAUGUAAUGAUAAUGAAUAUUUUUUAUAUGAAAUUUAGGAACGUUCCUCUGUACAACGCAAAUAUUGUAACGAUUGGAAGCAC